CGCUCCGCCCCGCGCUUCGCCGCGGACCCGGGACCUGCCCUGUGCCCGCUGUCCACGGGACCCUCGCGGCUUCCCCUUUCCUCCCGGCUUCCCGGGUGUGCGGGGAAGUGACCCACCCUCCCCCGGGGAGGGGGGGAGGAAUAGGAUCGCCCGGGGCGCACCCGAAACCGGGAGCGGGAGAGCCGGAGUGGGCGCCGCGCUGGGCAUUGUGUGUGUGUGUGUGAGAGUGUGUGUUUGUGCGCGUGCAGCGUAGUGUCCGUUUCGGAAAUCGCUCUGGGGAGGUACGGUCUUUAGGGGGCGGAGCGCAGGGGGACCGAGGCCCCGGCUCGGCGCCGGGGCAGAGUCCCGCGGAGCCCGAUCGCUUCUUAGGGCCGGCGGGACCGGGCGCCUGGCGGCGAGGCGGACGCACUGAAGGGAGGCCGAAGUGCCCUGGACGGGCGGCGGCCCCUGCCCCGAGGUGUCGGCCUCGGUGGCACAGCCCGCGUCUGUUCACGUCCGCCGACCUGCGGAGAAGAGGCUCGGACGCGGAGCCGCGCCGCGAAGCCAGCCCACCCCGCCCACCCCGUCGGACUGGGGUGCAAAGCCGGAGAGCGAGGUCCCCCCCGCUGCUGUUCUGCCGGCAGGCGUCGGCUGUGUCCGGAGCGCGCCAGCCUGCCCCUCGGCUGCCCGGGCCGGAGGAGCCCGAGGAGCGCGCACCAUGAGCGGCGGCGAAGUGGUCUGCUCGGGAUGGCUCCGCAAGUCGCCCCCGGAGAAAAAGUUGAAGCGUUAUGCGUGGAAGAGGAGAUGGUUUGUGUUACGCAGUGGCCGUUUGACUGGAGAUCCCGACGUGUUGGAAUAUUACAAAAAUGAUCAUGCCAAGAAGCCUAUCCGCAUUAUUGAUUUAAAUUUAUGUCAGCAAGUUGAUGCUGGAUUGACAUUUAACAAAAAAGAGUUUGAAAACAGCUACAUUUUUGAUAUCAACACCAUUGACCGGAUUUUCUACUUGGUAGCAGACAGCGAGGAAGAGAUGAAUAAGUGGGUUCGCUGUAUUUGCGACAUCUGUGGGUUUAAUCCUACAGAAGAAGAUCCUGUGAAGCCCCCUGGCAGCUCCUUGCAAGUGGAUUUACCGUCAGCUGUCAUUACAACACCACCGUCCGCCCAGGUGGACUCAUCCUCUGCUGCCCAACCUCCUCCAUAUCAGCUCAUUAACCUGCCACAUCAGGAGACUCUUGGCAUCCAGGAGGAUCCUCAAGACUACCUCUUGCUAUUCAACUGUCAAAGCAAGAAGCCUGAACCCACCAGAACACAUGCUGAUUCGGCAAAAUCCACCUCCUCUGAAACAGACUGCAAUGAUAACGUUCCUGCCCAUAAAACCCCUGCUUCCUCCCAGAGCAAACACGGACUGAAUGGCUUCUUCCAGCAGCAAAUCAUGUAUGACUCCCCGCCGCCUCGCGCCGUGUCUGUUUCCGUGGACUCCAGCCUCUACAACCUGCCCAGGAGUUACUCCCACGACGUUCUGCCGAAGGCGUCCCCGUCGAGUACCGAGGCCGAUGGAGAGCUCUACGUGUUCAAUACGCCCUUGGGGACUUCGAGCAUAGAGACUCAGAUGAGGCACGUGUCCAUUAGCUAUGACAUUCCUCCAACACCCGGUAACACUUACCAGAUUCCACGAACAUUUCCAGAAGGAACCUUGGGACAGACGUCAAAGCUAGACACUAUUCCCGAUAUCCCUCCGCCCCGGCCACCAAAACCACACCCGGCUCACGACCGAUCUCCUGUGGAAACGGGCAGCAUCACCCGCACGGCCUCGGACACCGACAACAGCUACUGUGUUCCCACCGCAGGGAUGCCGCCGUCGCGCAGUAACACCAUCUCCACGGUGGAUUUGAACAAACUGCGGAAAGAUGCUAGUUCUCAAGACUGCUAUGAUAUUCCACGAACAUUUCCAAGUGAUAGAUCUAGUUCCCUUGAAGGCUUCCAUAACCACUUUAAAACCAAAAAUGUAUUGACAGUGGGAAGUGUAUCAAGUGAGGAGCUGGAUGAGAAUUACGUGCCGAUGAAUCCCAACUCUCCGCCGAGACAGCAUUCCAGCAGUUUUACGGAGCCCAUUCAGGAGGCAAAUUAUGUGCCCAUGACCCCAGGGACGUUUGAUUUCUCUUCAUUUGGAAUGCAAGUUCCUCCUCCUGCUCAUAUGGGCUUCCGGUCCAGCCCAAAGACCCCUCCCAGAAGGCCCGUCCCUGUUGCAGACUGUGAACCACCCCCCGUGGAUAGGAACCUCAAGCCGGACAGAAAAGGUCAAAGUCCUAAAAUUUUAAGACCCAAACCCCAUGGUUUAGAGCGAACUGAUUCACAAACCAUACGUGACUUUGCUACAAGAAGAAAGGCCAAGCCAGCACCUUUAGAAAUAAAACCUUUGCCGGAAUGGGAAGAAUUACAAGCCCCAGUUAGGUCUCCCAUCACUAGAAGUUUUGCUCGAGAUUCUUCUAGGUUUCCCAUGUCUCCCCGACCGGAUUCAGUGCAUAGCACAACUUCAAGCAGCGACUCACAUGACAGCGAAGAGAAUUAUGUACCCAUGAACCCAAACCUAUCUGGUGAAGACUCGAACCUUUUUGGCAGUAGCAGUCUUGAUGGAGGAAGCAGCCCUAUGAUCAAGCCCAAAGGAGACAAACAAGUGGAAUACCUCGAUCUGGAUUUAGAUUCUGGAAAAUCCACGCCACCACGCAAACAAAAGAUCAGCGGCUCAGGAAGUGGUGUAGCAGAUGAGAGAGUGGAUUAUGUUGUGGUUGACCAACAGAAGACCCUAGCUCUGAAGAGCACCCGAGAAGCCUGGACAGACGGGAGACAGUCCACAGAAUCCGAAACACCAACCAAGAGUGUGAAAUGAACAUAUUGCUCUGCUGUGUCUGAACAAAAGAGAACAGAAUUGCAAAGAUAAAUCCUGUUUGACUGAAGAAGACUUGACACUUAAACUCCAGGUAGAUCCUGGAGUACACUCUAAUUGAAGACAAAGGACCUUUCAGACAUAAUCAAGCAAUUUACACUGUCACUGGUGCUUUAUGGUAUCUGAACAGUUCAUGACCUGUAAAAAAAAAAAAAAAAACGUAGGGAAAUAGUAUUGUUUAGCUCCCAGAAAAAAAUUGGUUCCGUAGUUAACACACUUGUAGUAUUACUGUAUUUAUGCACUUUUUCAUUUAAAACAUUGGUUGGGGUAUUCGCAAAUGUACCUUACCAUAAUUCCUUUGGGAAGUGUUUGUUUUUCCUCACACUACUCUAGAUAGCAAUACUAAGUUAACUAAGCUACUUUUAGGUUUGUAAAUUUCUCUUUCAACUUCAGUGUAACGUUAAGAUGAGAAAGUAAAGUCACAAUUUACCGUUCUACCUGAAACUGCAGGUGGAAGUCAUUAAACUACAGAGUACAGUUGGACUCAUCACUCAUUGCUUUCUCAAAUGCUAAGAAUAAUAUGUAUACUGGUAUUAGGACCUAGUUCUCUGGUUCAUGUACAGUUAGUUCUCAGUGUAGAACUUUAUUAUAUUUUGUUAAUUACAGUGUUCUUAGUUCACUGAGUAAAGAUUCUGCCGGGUGGGAUCUUGUACCUCGGAAAGACUGAAUAAUUACACUACCAAGUAAGCCUACAGAUCACUGAUGGCAUGAGGUGAUGAUGUGCUCUCACACGUGUUAACAUGUAUUAAACUUUAUGUUAUUUGCAGAUCGUAGUUUAUGUAAAUAAUCAGGUACGUACCAGGCACUGAUGUGCUACUACACCAAUCAGGUUUAGACAGUGAGCUUUAGCUUGUUCUUGUUAGUCCUGAUUUCCAAUUUGGAAUUAAUGACACAGUUGACAUUCACUGUUAGUUAUAGCAACAUACUGUGAUUUUUUUAAUUAGACAGUAAUUCAGAUUUAUUACUCUAAGAAUGAAAUUCUAUCUUUUGACACCAUAGUGCCCUUUCUAUGAUUUUUUAACUUUACUUAAUAUUCUUCUUAGCCUUAUAUUUAAAUUCCUAUGCAAUUAAUAUUUUAUACCUGCAUUAAAAAAAAAAGAUGUUAUCUAAGUGAUUCUCAUAUGUAGCACCUAUUGCUUUUCCAGUAAAAAUAAAUAAAAUAAGGAUUUUGUACUGUGAUUUAUAUUCACUGUCCCAGUUCAGGAAAUAUUGGAGUCUUGCUCUAAUGUGAAAUCUUAUAGUCAUGGACCUCUUUCAACCAGAUUUGUGAAACCACCAGAGGAAUCAUAUAAUUCUGUCUCACCUAUAACAUGAUAUCAAGACCACAAAUUAUAGUGAAGCUACAAUUAUAUGUAUCUGUCUUGGCUUUGCUAUGUAAUUUAGAAAGCAGAUAGAAUUGUUUGUUUGUUUUUUAACUAAAUGACAUACAGUCUCUUACGUAUUGAUUUGAGAUACACUAACAGUUGUUAGAGGGGGCAUAGAGAUCGCAGUGCCUAUGGCUGAGGCAGGACCCCCUCCGUUCAGACCUCUGUUGCCUGAGUACACAGAUGUGCCCUGAUUCCUGGCCUCUGGCCAUAGUUCUGUGCCUAAUCAAUGUAAUGGGUUUGUUUCCCCGAUCUCCAAACUAAAAAUGUUCAUAACAAGAUGUUGAAUUGUAGAUUAGUAACAGCUGAUGCUUUUAAAUGUUUGCUGCUUUUUCAAACAAAGGCUAAAACCCAGAAGUGAAUUUUGAGGUGGAUUUUUAAAUAAAAAGAUUGUUUGA